AUGAGAAAAAAAUUGAUUAAAUUAAAUGAAGAAGAGGAUGAUGCUAUCAAAAAAUAUAUGAAAAAGUUUAAAGAUGACCAUCAUUGUUAUGCGAUGGUUAAAGAUGAGCUUAUUAAAAAAUUUAAAAAGGAUUAUACUCAUAAACAAAUUCGUCAACG